GAGGUGAAAUUUCUGGAAGCGGCGGGGCGCUGUUGUUCGGGAGGGCGCUGUCGCGGAAUCCGUAGCCGGAAGAGACGGGCGGGGAGGGGAGAGCCGCGUGGGGAGCAUGAACCACAAGAGCAAGAAGCGCAUCCGUGAGGCGAAGCGAAGCGCGCGUCCCGAGCUCAAGGACUCCCUCGACUGGACUCGCCACAACUACUGCGAGAGCUUCCCGCUAAACCCGGCGGGCUGUAAGGAUAAUGUGGAAAGAGCAGAUGCCCUCCACUUGUCAGUGGAAGAAUUCAUUGAAAGAUAUGAGAAACCUUAUAAGCCUGUUGUCCUGUUAAAUGCUCAGGCAGGGUGGUCGGCCCAAGAGAAGUGGACUCUGGAGCGUCUGAAGCGCAAAUACAGGAACCAGAAAUUCAAGUGUGGGGAGGACAACGAUGGUUAUUCUGUGAAGAUGAAGAUGAAAUAUUACAUUGAGUACAUGGAGACUACACGAGAUGAUAGUCCUCUCUAUAUAUUUGACAGCAGUUAUGGGGAGCAUCCAAAGCGCAAGAAACUUUUGGAGGACUACAGGGUGCCCAAAUUCUUCACUGAUGAUCUGUUCAAAUAUGCAGGAGAGAAGAGAAGGCCACCUUACAGGUGGUUUGUGAUGGGCCCACCCCGUUCAGGAACAGGUAUUCACAUUGACCCUCUGGGAACCAGUGCAUGGAAUGCCUUAGUCCAUGGACAUAAGCGCUGGUGUCUCUUCCCUACCAGCACUCCCAGAGAGCUGAUCAAAGUGACUCGUGAAGAAGGAGGCAAUCAGCAAGAUGAAGCCAUCACUUGGUUCAGAGUAAUAUAUCCCCGAACUCAACUUCCUACUUGGCCUUCAGAGUUCAAACCCUUGGAAAUAGUGCAAAAACCUGGAGAAACUGUUUUUGUGCCAGGUGGCUGGUGGCAUGUUGUUCUCAAUCUUGACACGACUAUUGCUGUCACUCAGAAUUUUGCCAGCUGUACAAACUUCCCUGUGGUGUGGCACAAGACAGUAAGGGGAAGACCAAAGUUAUCAAGAAAAUGGUACAGGGUCCUAAAGCAGGAACAUCCUGAACUAGCUGCACUGGCUGAUUCUGUUGACUUACAAGAAUCAACGGGCAUUGCUUCAGACAGUUCUAGUGAUUCAUCUAGUUCUUCCAGCUCCAGUUCUUCAGAUUCUGAUUCAGAGUGUGAUUCUAGCUCAGAAACUGAAGGAAUGAUGCAUCGAAGAAAAAAGCGAAGAACAUGCAGCAUGAUGGGAAAUGGUGAUACUACCUCCCACGAUGACUGUGUGAGCAAAGAGCGUAGUUCCUCCAGAAUUAGGGAAUCUUGUGGAAGUCGUGCUCAUCCAUGAAAGAUAACAAGACCUGUCUGCAGAUAGUUGCAACCAGCCAGAUGUCUUCUGUUCCUCCCAUCAGCUGUAUACUUGAAGCUUUUUCAAGACUUCCCCACUCCAUUUUUAUUUUUAAAUCUAAACUUUUAACUUCUGUUCCCUGUUAUCAAAGCCUGACUUCUUGCUAACUAAAGGAGAAAACUCAAGAUUUCUAUGUGUUCAAACUUCUUUUCCAUAUUCCACCAGAAAAGUAUAAUAAACUGAAGGCAAUGCUGAUGUCUACAAAGCCAUCCUAUGGUUUCCAACACUAUGCAGUCAACAAAGGAAAUGGCAAAUUUCUACUGUCUUUAAAACAAUCAGGUAGACUCUAAAAGCCUGAUUCCUGCUCCAAUAUUGUCAUAUGUUUACAAGAUGAAUUCUAGUGCAUUACAACUGGAGGUCAGACAUACAACCAUUACUCUGUAAUUGGCCAGCAGAUCCUUUACUAUAGCACAAGUGAACCAUGCUAUGAUUUUUCUAUUGUGUAAAUUAUUACAUGUAAAAGCACCUUUUGUAAUUCUGAAUUUAUCAGUAACAUCAAUCCAGUCAUGGACUAAUGAGACUCUUGUGAAAGUAUUGUUUGAACCAGCAGUUAAUCAUCAUUGCUUCAUUUUUUUUUCUUCCUAUUUUAAUGAAAAGCUGCAGAUAUUUGCAGUCAGUUUGGAAGUAUACCCCAGAAACAAAUGGAGAUGGGAGAAACUAGCUGCCUCAUUUACCUCUCCCUGUGGGAAUUUCUGGACACAUAUGAAGGUAGAGAGCUUUUUUCAUAAAAGGAGUGGGUAGGGCCUAAAUAAAUAUAAAUAAAAAUCUAUUUAAUGAAGAACUGCUUUUCAGGAGCCUACAAACUUUCUACUCUUAUCUGCUGUUCUAGUGUUGUAGGUAUUUGAGGUGUGUGUGUAUUCUGUCCUGAAUAACGUGGUUGUAUGUAUCCCAUGACAGCUGGAUUAUUUCAGGAUAUGCUGCUGCUUCAAUGGCACUUUUGUUGGUAACAGAGACUGGUAUUAUGUUCUGAGAUGUGCUUAUAUCUCCAUUCAUGAAGGUAAUUCCAUUCCAACUUGAAAAGUCUAGAUACAGCAUAAUGAAAAGAUCCUGCACACUGAUCACCCUUGAGAAUGCAAUAAGUGGUUAUUGAGUUUUUAUUACAUUUCAAGGUAUGAAGUGGAGGUUGUGCUUUUUGAUUGUUUCUAUUCUACAUAACAAUGAAGAAGUUUGAGAAAAUCCAUAUCUAGUGGAUGGUGCAAUGUGAAAUCAGCUCAUGCAUGGCCACUUACUGGCUCCUGACCAGAUAAGAAAUAUGACACAUAAUUGUCCUCUAUGAUUCCAGUGUGUGCCAAAAUGUUACCACUAAUUUCAGGGAUUCAAAUGUCAGUAGUCAGCCUUAAUUCCAUGCAUGCAGGAAGUACUGGAGGGGAAAGAAUGAGUGCAUUAAAGGCUGACUACCUACUUUUCCAGCAUCCUUCCUUAUAAACAUUUGUGCGGAAUUGGGAUGGUUUUUGCAAAUGUAGUAAUUUUGCAUACAUUUCCACUGUGUACCCUAUAUUUGUUUAAUGGAAAUUAACAUCUUCCAAAUCAGUGUGGUGUAGAACCAAGAAUUCAAAAUCAUAAAGGCAGAUGAGUGUGGUAUUGGCAGAACAUUGAGAUAUAAAUAAUAAAAGUAAAUUAUGAAUAUCAACAAGAAAUACAGCAGAAGGGCUAUUACUAAUACUGGUUCCAUUGCAACUUGACUAUGGACAUAAGAAACACCUAUUUGAGCUUUAAUCCAUCUACCCCAGUCAGGGCUACUCCCAAAUAACCAAGUAGAGGUUGUUCCUAGGUCUGGGGCUCAAGCUUAGCUAGAGCCCAAAGUUAUGGCUCACUUCUGUUAGAGAAGUUAAGGGGUGGGAGGAGUGGUGAUUUUAGUUGAAUGUUCCCUCUGAAGAGAUGUUUAAAAUGCUAGUAAGGAGUAGUGAAUAGAAUUUUCAAGAAUUAUUUCCUUCUCCAUCUGCCUUCCUCCCAGCAAGAACCUCAUUUUAAAUCUCAUUCCUCUCUGCAAAUGGAAGGAAUCCUGUUUUUAGAAAGGAUGCCCUGGAACAGCCCACUAUGUUUCUGAAUACAGUUAAAUCUUGUUUUACUGGACCUCAAUACAAUGGACUAUGGCUUGGGUUUUAAGAUAUAUUAAAUGUUAUACAAUUUGCAGGUUCUUUGUACACUAGACAGGCAGGGAACAUCCCCUUUAACUAGAAAUUGAAUGGGUAUAUUUGUGACACAAGGAAUUAGAUAAAUCUAUUCAGUCAUCGGUUCUUACUUAAAAUUAGUUUUAAUCAGGAAGUUAAUAUGAAAGAAAGAAAUGAGCAUUGUUUUGACUGAUACAAAAGAACCCCUCCGUGUGUGGAGUUUCCUGUUUAAUGGAAUCUGAUUUUCAAAAAAAUAAACCUGAAGCUUUUUUGUUUCAGUUUGCAUGAAAAGCUACUAAUAAUGACAUUCUUAGCAGUAGUAACCACAGGCAGUAGGGGAAUGGCAUUACAACUUUUUAAAUCUCUUUCUAAUAAUAAUGAGAUUUGUUUAUUUAUAGCAACCGUUUGCUUCUGAUGUUACAUUUUAUA